UCAGGCCCCUUGUGCUCGGCACUGUAUGCGCAGCAACACGCGCCGGGAUCCGGUCCCCGCAGCGGGCACGGUGCGCUUAACCCUUUGAAGCACAACACACUGUUGGGAUCCCUGAAACGGAGCCGUUUGCCGUGUAGCCGGUGAUACACCGGCAGCUCAUUUCUGUCGUGGUGGAGCUUCCCCCGAAAGGGGCGCGUCGGGGGCUAGGGCGGGCGGGGACGCCGUGGCACUCUGGGGUGAGGCUCCCCAGGGGAGGGACCGGAUCCCCCGCCGCGCCUGAGUCAGCCGCUCUCUCCGGGCUGGGGCCGGCAGCGGCCUCGCGCGCUCGCCGUGUGUGGCCUUCACGUCGGCGUCAGACCCCCCCAGCGCGUCUCUUGCGGGGGCUGCGACCCGCUCCCCGCCCACGCCGGGCUCGCCCCGCGACCCGGCCCGGGGACAAGAUGGCGGCGGCCCCGCCACACCCACAAUGCUCCGCGGGCAGCCGGGUUUCCGGGUGUGGGCCCUGGGGCCGGCGGGUCGGACGCACUGUGGGAGCCGGCAGAGAGCUGAGGGAGGCGCCUUGCGGCGGAGCCUGUCCCCCGGUGCAGAGGCGGCUUCCCGGUCCGAUGUGAGCGGGAGCCACGCUCGGACCAUGAGGCUCCGGCUCUGUGCGCCGGUCCCUGCCCUCCUGCUGUUGCUGUGGGUGCCCGCACUCGGGGCGCUCCAACACCCGCCGCGCCCAGCGGAGCAGCGCCUCGAGAGGCUUGAAUCCGUGCUCUCAGAUUAUGACAUCCUCUCUCUGUCGAAUAUCCAACAACACUCAUUAAGGAAAAGGGACCUCCAGCCAGAAUCGCAUAUAGAGAGACUCUUAAGUUUUUCAGCCUUGCGUAGGCACUUUAAAUUAUACCUAACGUCAACAGCUGAACACUUUUCUGAAAACUUUCAAGCACUAAUAGUGGACGGUAAAGGCAAGGAAAAGGAGUAUCAUGUACAAUGGCAAGAAUUCUUCACUGGACAUGUAGUUGGUGAACACAAUUCCAAGGUUACAGCGCACAUAGGCGACGAAGACUUUACUGUAAGAAUCAACACUGAUGGCGAAGAAUACAAUGUAGAGCCACUUUGGAGGUAUAUUGAUAAUACUCAAGAUGAAAGACUCUUGGUCUACAGAUCUGAAGAUAUUAAGGAUUUCUCACGUUUACAGUCCCCCAAAGUAUGUGGCUAUUUAAAACAUAAGGAAGAAGAAUUACUGCCCGAAGGACUAGAGGGCAGCCAUUUAAAUGAAGUGAACAUCCUUCGGGAGAAAAGAGCCAUUGCAGACCACUCCAAGAACACAUGCAAGAUAUUAGUGGUGGCAGAUCAUCGCUUCUUCAAAUAUAUGGGCCGCGGGGAGGAAAGCACAACUAUUAAUUACUUAAUUGAAUUAAUAGACAGAGUGGAUGACAUCUAUCGAAAUACCUCGUGGGACAACGGAAACCUGAAAGGAUACGGCAUACAAAUAGAGCAGAUUAUUGUCCACAAUGAAUCAAGUGUUGUGAGGCCUGGGAAAAAACAUUAUAACAUGGCAAAAAAUCAGCCAAAUGAAGAAAAGGAUGCUUGGGAGGUGAAGACACUGCUGGAGCAAUUUAGCUUUGAUAUAGCUGAGAAAGCAGCUCUUGUGUGCCUUGCUCAUCUCUUUACGUACCAAGAUUUCGAUAUGGGAACACUUGGACUAGCUUAUGUUGGAUCUCCCAGGCCUAACACCCAUGGUGGAAUUUGCCCAAAGGCUUAUUAUAGUCAAGCUGCCCAAAAAAACAUCUAUUUGAACAGCGGCUUAACCAGCACAAAGAACUAUGGCAAAACUAUCCUCACAAAGGAAGCAGACUUGGUUACUACUCAUGAACUGGGACACAACUUUGGAGCAGAGCAUGAUCCAGACAGUCUGCCGGAAUGUGCCCCCACUGAAGACCAGGGAGGGAAAUAUGUUAUGUAUCCAAUUGCUGUGAGUGGCGAUCAUGAAAACAAUAAGAUGUUCUCAAACUGCAGUAAACAAUCCAUCUGUAAGACCAUUCAGAGCAAGGCCCAGGAAUGUUUCAAAGAGCGCAACAAUCAAGUAUGUGGGAACUCCAGAGUGGAUGAAGGUGAGGAAUGCGAUCCUGGCCUUUUAAACAGGCAUGCUGAUCCCUGCUGCUCUGCUGAAUGUAAACUGAAACAAAAUGCCAAGUGCAGUGAUCGGAACAGCCCCUGUUGUAAAGGUUGCCAGUUUGAAAGCGCUCAGAAGAAAUGCCAGGAAGCCAUAAAUGCUACUUGUAAAGGAGAGUCCUAUUGCACUGGGAACAGCAGUGAUUGCCCGCCCCCUGGGAAUGCGCCGGAUGACACGAUCUGCGUGGAUUUGGGCAAGUGCAAAGAUGGAGAAUGUGUUCCAUUCUGCAUGAGGGAGAAGAAACUGCAAUCGUGUGCCUGUAAUGAAACGGACAAUUCCUGCAAGGUUUGCUGUAGGGAUGAGCAUGGCAAGUGCAGUCCGUACGUCGAUGCCAGCCAGCAGUUCCUGUACUUACGGAAAGGAAAGCCCUGCACUGUGGGAUUCUGUGACAUGAAUGGCAAAUGUGAGAAGCAAGUGCAGGAUGUGAUUGAACGAUUUUGGGAUUUCAUCGAUCAGCUUAGCAUCAAUACUUUUGGGAAAUUCCUUGCAGACAAUAUAGUGGGCUCCGUACUUGUGUUUUCCUUGCUAUUUUGGAUUCCUCUCAGUAUUCUUGUCCAUUUUGUGGACAAGAAAUUGGAUAAACAGUAUGAAGAGAACACAAAAUCUCUAUUUUGUCCCAGUAAUGUGGAGAUGCUCAGUAGUAUGGACUCAGCAUCUGUUCGAAUUGUCAAGCCAUUUCCUACUGCCCAGUCAACAAGCCGACACCAGCCACUGCAGCCCAUCACAGCAAUGCCUGUAGUAGCUGCAGCACCAAAACUGGACCACCAAAGAAUGGACACUAUUCAGGAGGACCCAAGUACUGACUCUCAUGUUGAUGAAGAUUGCUUUGAGAAGGACCCUUUCCCAAAUAGCAGCUCAGCUGCUAAAUCUUUUGAGGAUCUUACAGACCAUCCUGUCACUAGGAGCGAGAAAGCAUCAUCCUUUAAACUACAGCGCCAAAAUCGAGUGGACAGCAAAGAAACCGAAUGCUAGCGUCUAGCUGCCUUCCAGCCUCAUGACUGUGUGCAAAAGAAAUGUUCAUAUAUUUGAUCUAAAACCAUUUUGUUUAUAUAAAUACAGAUAGAGAUAGAUAGAUAUUUUGUGAGGGGAUGGGAGACUGGGAAAUAAGGAAGUGACCUACUGCAGAUGCUGGUCAUGUGUAUGACCUUCCUUAGUUUAUCAGACAAUUGCAUCUUUUUAAAACAAAGAAAAACAUCCAGACUAAAACUAGCUUGUUUUGAAGCUUUUGGAUUUGGUUUUUCUAGUUUCUUAACCUUUACUAUUUCCUUCAACCUGUGGUGUAAAGUGGAACAUCCUGCUGGAUAUUAGGUUGUGUAUAUUAGCAUUUUUAUAAUUCAGCUUUUUGUAGUUGGAACAACACAGAUAGACAAAAUCAUGGUUUUGGGUGUUUUUAAAAAAAUAAACUUAGUGAGUUUUCUGCAUAGACUAGAGCAUGUAGCAGUUUAGGUACCCUAAACAGUAUAAAAUUAUUUUGUUUGCAAACAAAGAUCAGAGCAGUGAGAUAGGUACAAAUUGUAUUUUAAACAGAGUCUGAUAAAUACAAUGAACUGAUACGCGUUCAGAGUUACUCUGGGUUUCAGUUCUUUAUAACCCACAUUGCUGAAAAAUAGCUUUCAUGUAAGUCUUCCCAUUCUGAAUGAAGCAUUUCUUAAAAGAACACCUUAUAAUUACAGACCUCUCUCUGGGCGAGUGGGAAGAAAAGAAUAGCUGCUUAUGUUGAAAGGACAACUCAGUUUAGGUUUUGACCUUUACAAUAGUUUCAGUCUGAAGUGGUUUCUUUGAUUCAACUUUUUAAUAUACAUAACACUGUUGCCAAGAAAUUUAAAAAGAAAAGCCAUUUGUAGGACCCACAUAUAAUUUGUUAUGCGCUCUUGCUGGAAAAAUACUACUUUGAGUUGCACAGAUACUGAUGAAUAACAAUGAUUAAUUUCAGCUCAUUUCUAAAUACUGAUAAAAAUCAAGGUUUGCCAAAUCUGAAAGGACAAAAUUAAUAAGGAAACCUUUUUAAUUGUACGAUUUCCAAGAGGGUAUUAUAGUAGUGUAAUAUAAAAAGCCUAUAACUUAAUGGAGUGGUGCCCCUUUAAGUUGAUAAGCUUAUUUCCAAAGGCAGAGAUGUGAAUAGUGUAAUCUGUUUGCUAUGAAUGUUACAUGAAAGUUACUUUUGUCUGUAUUAACAGAUGAACUGUCACAGUAGAAUCAUAGGGCAACUAUUUACUGCUUGGGUCCUACAGAAAGAUCUUAGCUCUUCAUCUAUCUUACCCCAUAAUCAUGUCAUAAUGUAACUUUGAUUUAUAUAAACUUUGUUUAAAAUGGUUCUGCAGCUGUUUUAAAUGUCCACUGGAAAGCAGAUCUGUGUUCAUCAGCCAGAAAAGCUUAACUAUGGAAAACUUGUAUUUUUAAAAUUUGAUGGCAGUUAACCAAACCUGUGACAAAAGAAUUGUGUGUUUCCAAGGAUACUUGUUACACUAAUACUUGAACUUGUGCCUUAUGGUAUUCAUAUCGAACUAAUCAUUAUUUUAGUUACACUGGGUUUUGGAUUUGAUAUGUAGCCAUAAAAUUUGUUUGAGUUAAAUUUAACUUUCAGUACAACGUAAUAAUAAAAGCUUUUUAUAGGA